AUGGCAAUCCCAACCAAGAACGAGGUCCAAGCGGCCAUUGAUACCUACAUCGCGAGUCUGGAACAGCCUCUGCGCGCACUCAACAAACAGAUCGUGGAAAACCCCGAAUUGGCAUACAAGGAGUACAUUGCCCAUGAGAGUAUCUGCGGCUUUCUCGAGUCACUGGGCAUACACACUACUCGACAUGCUUACGGGCUUCGCACUGCCUUUGAAGCUACGGCCAAAGCUGGCAACUCGCAUGGUCGAUGUGUGAACUUUAAUGCAGAAUACGACGCUCUUUCUGGCCUCGGACAUGCAUGUGGGCAUAAUCUUAUUGCGACUGCUAGCAUCGCUGGGUUCAUCGCUCUGGCAUAUGUAGUCGGCAAUUUGGUCUUCCUGGCCAAGCCCAACUCCUAG